CUCUCCCAGCGCUCGGACCCGCACCCCGGCCCCCGCCUCGCGCCAACUGCCCCCCGUGGCCGCCUCUCCCUUCCUGUCUCUCAUCCCAUUGUCCUAUUCCGUUCCAUUUUCCUUCUCUACCCUUCUCCCAUUUUUCAGCACUCUUCCUCUAACCCCGUCCUCUGCUGCUAUCCCUUCUUUCGUCGCUUCCUCCCUCCCGUUCCUCCUCCAUUGCCUCCACCCUCGUCCCCCAAACCUCGCUUGCCCCCCCAUCCCUAGCUCUUGCCCAUAUAGCCCCAUCUUCCUCCAGUCACUGCCUUUGCUGCUAGGAGGGUCUUCAGCCAAAUUUUGGGAGGCCAAGUUGAGGGCGGUUGCCCGUGAGUAAGCAGGUAGGGACACACUGGCCACCUGGGCUGCACCUAGGUUUGCCUCCCGGACCCCAGGCCCCUCCAGGGAAGUGUGAGGCAAACCACUUCCCAGGGGAGGAAGCUCAGGGGUUCUUGGGGGCCUGAGCCUUUGUCUAGUGAGCAGGGAUGUGUCCUUGGGGACACAUGUCCCUGGUUACCCAGAACCCUUUCCUGGCACAGCCUGUGGUCUGGGGCAUGUUGCCCUUAAGGCUCCCUUCAUCAUCUCUGUGACUGGGCAGGUUUGUCUCCUCCAGGCACUCCUGCCUUUUCUCUCAGGAGUUUUCCUGGCUUGUUGGUCAGCUGUGGCCCUGAGCAGUCCUGUCAGGCCCCCUUUUCCAGAUGGCAUGUAUCAGACCACCUGCUGGAAAUUGCCGUGCCCCACUGUGCUAUGAGGGAUUUGUAGGGUGUGCAUCCCUACCUGGGCCCUGAGGGAUAAGGCCCAUUUGACCAAUUUCCUCUCCAGACCAUGUCGGUUUGCUUUUCCUGUUUGAGUUUUGCUGGAAGCAUCAUAAAUGCCUGCCACUCAGCAAGAGGGGACUUAAAAGGAUGCCAUGUGUGUCAUCUGAGGUAGGGCCUGUUUGGGGUGGCCUUGGGAGUCUCCCUGGGCGUACCCCAAAGACAUGGGCUUCUCUUUUGGGGCAUCAUGAUAGAAACUGUGUUCUCUGACCAAGUUAACACAGCAAUCUUUUUGUUUGGGCCGGUCUGGAAGUUCCUGCAGACCUGGGAGCUGUUACUCAAAAUGACCUUGGUUGGUUGCAGCAUGUGAGUUGAUUGCUCCUCCGGUUGCUGACAGGCGGGACCUGAGGGAGCAAGACAGCUCGGUGUUGGUCACAGGGCACCGAUCACAGCUGCUGCAGCUUUGCUUGGCACAACUGGGGCAGGAGAGAAGGAUGCAGUUAAGAUGAAGGUGUCAUCCAAAGACACCUAGGGUCUUGGAUACCUCUGUGUUUCUGUCCUUUAUCUUGUGCUAAGACGUCUUUCCAGGGUCUCUUAAGGGUGAAACCAGCAUCUUUGCAUGCUAUAACAGCAAGUGGGCGUGCUGUUCUGGGCAUUUAGAGUGCAGAUGCCUAACUUACGUGACUGUGUGUGUGCACGCGUGCACUCCUUGGUGUGUGCAUGCAUGUACCCUUCCAGAUUAAAAAUUUGGAAUAGCUUCUGGAAAACUUAGUGUGAUGAUGGGGGCAUUGGAGGCAUGAUGGUGACCAGGUCAUAGGAUGGGAGGGAGGUCAGGAGGGUUGAAAAGGAAGACUAGGCUAGCCUCGGGGGUAUCUUGAGGGCCUGAAAGGGCCUCUUUGCCCCCAGUUCUAGUCCCUGUUAUACCUUGAGCUCAAGUACUUUUUGAUAGGAGGAAGAGAUUUUAUUAACAAGCACUGUUGCAGACACUUCAUAUGGCAUCACUUUUAAUCUUCACAACAACCUUGCAGGGUGGGGAUUUGCAGAUUGGGGAAACUGAAGCUCAAAGAGUCUAGAUGACCAGCCCAGGGGCGCAUAGCCAGGAAGGGGAAGAGCCAGGGUUGGAACCAGACCUUUCAGUCCAUGACUCCAAGGCUUGCUUUCUUAGCAUCCCGUUGCUCCCGAAGUGCUGGCUGGCGACAGGGAGCCUGAAUAACUUCCCCUCGGAGCCCCGCCUCCCUCAGGGCUGGGACGGCCUAGCGAUGGUGGGGAGGAACUUGUUGGGCUUCUGAAUCAGUCACUUUCAGCUGUGGGUUCUGAACUGCUCGAGGCCUCGGUUUUGUCAUCUGCCACUGUGGAGGCGAGUGGGGAAAACCAACAGGUAUAUAGUUAUUCCCCAUUAUCCCCUCGGAUUCCCCUCUGUGAUAGCUAGCUCUGGGCGUUGGGCAGCUGUCUGUGGAGGCAGGUAGCGUCACGAUGCCUUCUCACGAGUUUUGUGGGGUCUAAGGGAACCCCCAGUUUAGCCGUUCCUACCUCUUCAGUAGGGCCAGGGUCUAGCCUGGCUCAUUAUGCCCUUGCUCCCUAGGAGGGUCUAGGGUGGGUAGGUAGGGCUCAGCCAGAGGCUGUUUAGGCUCUCCGCAUGGCCUUCUUGGCAUUCCUGGACCAGGGGCUGGGUGAUGGUCUGCCUCCCAGGGCCUGCCAAUGGCCACGGUCUUCCCAGCCAGUGCAGGCGUGUCUGCUGGCCUCCUGACCAAGCUUUUGUUCAUCUUGUUUGCUGCUGCUAAGGAGCAGGGAGGGGUGGCAGGGGGCCCAGGGUUCGCUCCUACUCACUCACUGGUCCAGCUGGCAUGCUGUGAGCACCACUGUAAGUGCCAGGCACUGUGCUGAGUGUUGGGACUCCAGGCAAGCCAGGCCAACAGAGAAGUAACAAGAUGCUUGCAGUGCAGGGUGGCAGCUCAGGACAGGUCUGCACAGUGCUCAGAGUGUACAUAGAGACCUGCAGCACUCCUGGGUUUAGUCCCUGGUUCAGCACUCUCCAGCUGUGUGCUCUUGGGCAGGCCACUAGACCUCUUUGAGUUUCGGCUUCCUGGUCUGUAAAAUGGGGGUGAAGAUAUAUCUCUUGGGGUAGCCCUUAUAAUUAAACGAGACACUGUGUGGAGGGAGGUGUAUGAUCAGGAACUGGGGGCUCUUAGUUUUGCUGUCAUGCUGAUGUUACUGGCUUUGCUGCCCUCCUCCAGUCACAUUUUCAUCUUUCUGUUCGUGGCCCAGAGCUCCUUGGGGCAGGGGUAGUCUACUUGUCCCCUUGCUGACCCUCCUAUGGAGCAGCCUGCCUUGGCUGGCUUUCCCAGAUGGGGGUGGCUGGCUGAGGUGUUGGUUCUGGAGGCUGUUUCUGAUUGCUCUGGCCCAGGGAGAGUCCUUGGGAACGUGAGCUGAGAAGUGCUCUGGGCCUUCAUCUGUUCCAGGUGAGGUGAUUUAGGAGGCCUUCAGACUUGACCACAGACAGGGCUGUUUGCCAAACCAGGCCCUCAGCAGGAACCUCAACUGUGCUGCCACGUGGCAAACAUGGCUCAUACUCGUGUGAGCUCACAGACGUGUGAGGAGUGGCCUGGGGUGCAGGGAGCCUAGGGGACGUGCCCAGACAGCGCAGGAUUCCAGCCCAGGGCUAUCUGCUUCCAAAGUCCAGGACCUGCAGCAGAGAGAAGACUGGGUGUGGCCCGGCCCUCUGGCUUGUCCAGCUGCCACGGCUGUCUUGAAUCUUCGUCAUGCUUGUGGAUGAUUUUGCCCAACCCUUUUCUUCUUGGCUGAGUGUCCUAGGCCACAGCCUUCCUCCCUAGUGCAGGCUGGGCUGGCGGGUGGGGGCUUCCUCUCAGGGCCCUAAGCCCCUCGGGCAGUGCUGUGGAGCCCCAGGGAGCCUGAGAUGUCCUCAGGACCUUGCUGACUCCUGGGGACCAGGGUCUUCCUUGGUCAGCUGAACCUGGGGGCUCCAAUCUGGAACAGCCUGCCAUUCCAGGACCUUCCUGGGGCUCCCUGCACUCUGCUUGAUGGAUGCCAGGUCAGGCAUCCAUUUCCUCUGCUGAUUCCUCCUCAGAGGUCCGGGGUUAGUGGAGUGCAGCAGUUCCUGGGUCAGGUACCUCCUAGGGAGGGGAGGACACUGCUCAUUGAGGACCUGCGGUACAUAGCCAGGCCUGAGCUAUGCUUUGUCACACUGCGAGGGCUGGUGGUGUCACCUGAAUUUCAUAAGUGAGGAAACUUGGGCCCAGAGGCCUUCAGUGACUCAUUUGAGCCCACAAUGAGUUCAGGAGGGCCAAAUGGGAGCCCACAUCUGAUCUGAGUGAUGUCAAAGCCCUCACACUUCCCCACCACACUGCCCAUCUCCUCUACUCCAUCCAGCCUUUAGUGCCCACCUUCUGGCCAGCACCCAGAAGCUGUCAGAGCCUGUGCCCUUCCCUCCGUCCUGGCCUCCCGGCCCAGUCUGGGCUGUGUCCAGAGCUUCUUGGUCCCAUGCAGUAGACAUUAGCCAUGUGUGGCCUUUUAAACUUAAAUUAUUAAAUUUAAAUAAAAAACGCAACUUCUUAGUCCCUUGUUAGGUGCUGAGCCGGCAUAUGCGGCUGGUACCUGUGUCCUAGACAGGGCAGAGUGGAACCUUCCUGUCAUUGCGGGAAGCUGUGUUGAACCGGAUUCCAGCUGUGCCCUGAGCUCACUGUUGGCUCUACCAGCCACCAGCCAUCACCAGGUUUGUAAUUAAUUCUACAGAAACCGAGUCCUGGGGAGUCCCUCCCACACACCCUUUCCAGGUGGCGUUGCUCACCUGGCAGGCCAGGGUGGUUAGGUUUCCUGGCAGUCCUGAUCGGCCCAGCAGUGGGAGGGCAGGCCCAGAGUUGCCAAACUGCAGCAGCUGCCUGCUGUCCCUGCCCAAAUGCCCCCAGCUGGUACUGCCUGACUGGAGAGUCCUUGAGCGAUCUCCAUAAGUCACAGCUUUGGCCCAGGCAGGCUGACCCAGAUGCUCCGGCCCACCCACCGCUCUAGAGCCCUGCCUAUAUAGCACCGCUCACUGCUCCCCGGUGUGUGCUCUGGACACAGUUUCAGCUGCUCAAGCCAUUCCUUCCACCUGAAUUUAAGAGGCAGGUUGUCUGGGGGCCUUUCCUGAUCCAUCACCUCCUGAGGGGGUGACCCUUCCUCAGUACCUGCCUCCAGCCCCAUUUGUGGGCUCGUUCUCGUGUUGGCUCAUCCUAUUGGCAGGGCUUAGAGCAGAUGUCAUCCGAGUGCCAGGUCAGUGCCGAGUGCUGGAGAGACGGGAACAGGCCACAGGCCUGUCUGAAAACUUCAGGCUGGUGGCAAGGCCAGCAGUGUGCAGUCAGAAGUGGAACUGGCCAGCUGAGAGGGUCAGGACAGGCUUCCCUGGAAGGAGAUGCUGAGGCUGGAGGGGCCAGGGAUGAUGCUACGCUGAGGGUGGUUCAGUGGGCUGUUCACAGAGGGGUCUGUAUGGCUGGAAUAGGGGACAGGAGUGGCAGGGAGGGAGAGGGAGAGAGAGAACGCAGGCAGAGUUGGCAAGACGAGAAGAGUUUACGCUUCAUGGAGGGCACGUCUGGUUGGAGGUACUGUGUGGGUCCUGGGUGGGUAUCAUAUUUUCAUGCUGGCUCACCAUCCCUGGGGCACAGCCAUGUCUAAAACACUAGUUCCAUGUCCGUGCUCCAGAGCCCUGCAUGCAGCAGGUGCCCAGGAGACCAUGUAGAGUGCACAAAUAGUGCUGAGUGAGUCCCAUGUGCGGCUGAUGUGUGGGGCCUCUUCCCACCCUUGGUAUGAAGAGGGAGUCAGGGAGCCCUUUCCCCCUUUAUAGCUGCCAGGAUGGAGUCCCUGAGAUGUGACAGCCCAGGUGGCUGGGCCAGAGAGGGUGGGGGACCCCAGGCAGUUCUCGGCAUGUGCUGUGUUCACUACCACUCACCCCACACACCCUCCCUGGCCAUGCUUGGUCAAGGAGGCCCCAGUCAGGGUGAUACGAAGACUGUGUCUGUGGAGGACCAGGGCUGGCAUUUUAUGGUAGAACUGUACCAAAACCAAACCCGUAGCCAUUGAGUCAAUUCUGACUCAUAGUGACCCUAUAGAACAGAGUAGAACUGCCCCAUAGGGUUUCCAAGGAGUGGCUGGUGGAUUCGAACUGCCGACCUUUUGGUUAGCAGCUGAAGCUCUCAACCAUUGUGCCUCAGGGCUCCAGUGGAUCUGUACUGGUUGUUAAAAUGUUGUCUUCCCUCUGUUCCCAGGAGCUCUUGACCCGAAGCCCCCGCCCCCAGUGCUAUGGGCCCAUGUGCAGCAGUGAAGAGUCAGCAGCUGGCCUGGCAGGUGGUGUCUAGGGCCUGUACUAGGGCCAGGUCCUGGUGAUGAGACAUUUUUAGUGUCCUCCCUGUCCACGUGUAAUACGUGAUGACCUGGACUUGAGGUACCUAGUGUCCAGUCGCUGCCAUGCUCAUCAUUCUUGCUGAUGGUCCUGGUGAGUGUGUUAGUGCCAGGCAGGCUGGGACUGCAGUUGACACCCACCCCAUGUGCCUUGCACUGUGCUGAGCCACCACAGAGUCCAGCUGAGGUGCUGCCACCCACUGAGUUCCGCUUCCUCCCUCUCUCCUGCAGGGCAGCAUGAGCACCAGCCACCCUGAGCCAGAGGUCCAGGCACCCCGGAGUCCCUGCCCACAGCCACUGUCCCAGAGCUCUUUCAGCCUUCUGGGCGAAGGCCAUGGGCAGAGACCAGAGCUCCAGAAGAGCGCCAGCAGCACUGUGUGGCAGGCCCAGCUGGGUGAGACCAGCGCCAUCCCGCAGGCCCCAGAGGAAGAGGGGCUCCAGGCUGAGAGCGCAGAGCAGGUGCGGGACUCCAGUCCCCAGCCACAGCCUGGAGCUGUGGGCCAUUGGCAGAGCAGCACUGUGGGCAACGUCUCUGCCAUGGGAGGUGGUGACCCAUGUUGCCUGCGGUCUCCCAGCACCACUGCCGUGCAGAGGAGCCACUCAGACCUGGUCUGCAGCACCCAGACUCGGGGGCAUGGCGGGGUUUGGAAGGCCAGCCUUAGCUGCUCAGCCCUUGGCGGCUCACUCAUCCAGAGGACUCCUUUGCCACCUGGCAGUGCUUCUGGCCAGCCCCCUGCAGGCCUGGAAGGGGACCUGGAUUCUGAGGAUGGGGCAGCCUCCAGAACUGUGGGGACCUCGAACUCAGCCUGGACCCUGGAGGAGAGUCAGGUAUGGGUGCCACCACUAGAUCUGGGAGACACAGCUGCCCACAGCAGCAUCUCUGAGGCUGGGCCCCCAGCCACUGGACAGCUGACCACUGCCUCCUGCCAUGCUCUGCCUCCAGCAGCUCCCCUCUGUGGCACAAGGGAGGUGGGGACCAGUGGCCACUGCCAUGCCCUGCGGGCCACAGGGAUCCUGGCAUUUCCCAAGCUGGUGGCAUCAGUGAGUGAGUCUGGGCUGCAGGCUCAACAUGAGGUGAAGUUCUACUACAGGCUCUCUGGGGGGGUACCUGGGUACUCCUGCUGUGCCCACCCUAGGGGUCCCAGCGGGUUAGCCGUGGAGCCUGGUACCAGGACCAAAGACGUGUGGACCAUGACCUCAGCCGGUGACAUGGCCCCCACUUUGGUGUCCUCUCCAACAGCCCAGGAUGCUGGUGUGCAGGCAGCCCCCACGGCAGCCUGCAAGGCUGUGGCCACCAGCCCUUCUCUGGAAGCCUCUGUGGCCUUGCACAUGUUCCCAGGGGUGACUCUGGGACCCACCCUGGAGGAGGCACCAUCCCCAGUGCGGGAAGUGCAGUGGGAUGCGGAGGGCAUGACGUGGGAGGUGUAUGGGGCCGCGGUGGACCCUGAGGUGCUGGGCACGGCCAUCCAGAAGCACCUGGAGAUGCAGUUCCAGCAGCUGCAUCAGGCACCCACCAGUGAGGACAGCCUGUCUGCAGAGGGCCGCAGGGGGCCGCUGCGAGCCGUCAUGCAGUCCCUGCGGUGCCCCAGCUGCUGCAGCUGCUCCGGCGCGGCCCCUGAGUGA